UCUGUGUGACACCGGAAAUGUAGCAGAAGGAGAAGCAGCAGCAGCUCACCCGCCCCAGCUAACAUAGCCUAGCCUAGCCAGUCUGUCCUGUGUGUACCAGAAAAAUAAACAGGCGCUGAGACACGGAUUUACUAAAAUAAACUAAAAUGCCGGCGGUUUCUAAAGGAGACGGGAUGCGCGGCCUGGCGGUCUUCAUCUCCGACAUCCGGAACUGUAAAAGUAAGGAGGCGGAGAUCAAGAGAAUAAACAAAGAGUUGGCCAACAUUCGCUCCAAGUUUAAAGGAGAUAAAGCUCUGGAUGGCUACAGUAAGAAGAAAUACGUGUGUAAGCUGCUGUUUAUUUUCCUCCUGGGACACGACAUCGACUUUGGACACAUGGAGGCGGUGAACCUCCUCAGCUCCAACAAAUACACAGAGAAACAGAUCGGCUACCUGUUUAUCUCUGUGCUGGUAAACAGUAACAGCGAUCUGAUCCGCCUCAUUAACAACGCCAUAAAGAACGAUCUGAGCAGCAGGAACCCCACCUUCAUGAACCUGGCACUGCACUGCAUCGCCAACGUGGGCAGCAGAGAGAUGGCAGAGGCCUUCGCCUCCGAUGUGCCCCGCAUACUGGUGGCAGGAGACACGAUGGACAGUGUGAAGCAGAGCGCGGCGCUGUGUUUGUUACGGCUCAACCGGACGUCCCCUGACCUGGUCCCUAUGGGCGAGUGGACGUCGCGUGUGGUGCAUCUCCUCAACGAUCAGCAUCUGGGAGUGGUGACGGCAGCGACCAGUCUCAUCAUCACUCUGGCUCAGAAGAACCCAGACGACUUCAAGACCGCCGUGUCUCUGGCCGUGGCCAGACUCAGCAGGAUCGUCUCGUCGGCGUCCACAGACCUGCAGGACUACACCUAUUAUUUUGUAGCAGCUCCCUGGUUGUCCGUAAAACUGCUCCGCCUCCUCCAGUGUUACCCACCCCCAGAGGAUGCAGCGAUUCGUGGACGUCUGACCGAGUGCCUGGAGACGAUCCUGAACAAAGCACAGGAGCCUCCCAAAUCCAAGAAAGUGCAGCACUCUAACGCCAAGAACGCCGUGCUGUUUGAGGCCAUCAGUCUUAUCAUCCAUCACGACAGUGAGCCGACCCUGCUGGUGCGAGCCUGUAAUCAGUUGGGUCAGUUCCUUCAGCACAGAGAGACGAACCUGCGCUAUCUGGCCCUGGAGAGCAUGUGCACGCUGGCCAGUUCAGAGUUUUCCCACGAGGCCGUUAAAACCCACAUCGACACUGUAAUCAACGCACUAAAGACUGAGCGUGAUGUGAGUGUGAGGCAGCGUGCAGUAGAUCUUCUCUACGCCAUGUGUGACCGCAGCAACGCCAAGCAGAUAGUAGCAGAGAUGCUCAGCUACCUGGAGACGGCUGACUACUCCAUCAGAGAAGAGAUUGUGCUAAAGGUGGCCAUCCUGGCGGAGAAGUACGCAGUGGACUACACAUGGUACGUGGACACCAUCCUGAACCUGAUCCGCAUCGCCGGUGACUAUGUGAGCGAGGAGGUGUGGUACCGCGUCAUACAGAUCGUCAUCAACAGAGACGACGUGCAGGGCUACGCCGCGAAAACCGUGUUCGAGGCGCUACAGGCUCCAGCCUGCCACGAAAACCUGGUCAAAGUGGGCGGAUACAUUCUGGGCGAAUUUGGAAACCUUAUUGCCGGAGACCCGCGCUCCAGUCCUCUCAUUCAGUUUAACCUCCUCCACUCCAAGUUCCACCUGUGCUCCGUCCCCACCCGGGCCCUGCUCCUGUCGGCCUACGUCAAGUUCAUCAACCUGUUCCCCGAGGUGAAGGGCACCAUACAGGAGGUCCUGCGCUCGGACAGUCAGCUGAGGAACGCCGACGUGGAGCUGCAGCAGCGCGCCGUCGAGUACCUGCGCCUCAGCUGCAUCGCCAGCACCGACAUCCUGGCCACGGUGUUGGAGGAGAUGCCGCCUUUCCCCGAGAGAGAAUCCUCCAUCCUGGCUAAGCUGAAGAAGAAGAAGGGCUCGGGAACCAGCGCGGAGGUGGAUGAUAGCCGAAAGGAGCGCAGCGCAAACGUGAACGGGAGCAGUAAUCACACCGCGCCCAGCACAAACGCAAAGCCCUCUCCUUCAACUUAUGAAGCUUUGGCUCAAGCCACACCCCUGAUCAACAGGCCACGCCCAGUUCCCAUCUUCUCCACUCUGAACAUGCCUCUCUCACCCUUAUCACUCCAGGCUUGUGCACUUCACACUGCUCCUGCUGCUCCUCUCUACCAGGUGAACUCGUCCUCCUCGUCUCCUCCCUCAGACCUCCUGGGUUUGGGGAACAGCACACCCCUGAACUCUGCCAGUCCUCCAGCGAUGUCCAGCACAGGGAGUCUCCUGGUGGACGUCUUCUCCGAAAACCUGCCCGCAGCCAGUCUCACCUCGACCACGCCCGUCAUCGAGGAAAACCUCCCAAGGUUUGUGUGUAAGAAUAACGGCGUCCUGUAUGAGAACCAGCUCCUGCAGAUUGGCCUAAAGUCUGAAUUCAGACAGAACUUGGGACGCAUGUACGUGUUCUAUGGAAACAAAACCUCCACGCAGUUUGUGAAUUUCUCCUCCUCUGUGGUCUGCCAUGAAGCCCUCAGUAAUCAGCUGACCGUUCACACGAAAGCCCCGGACCCUGUGAUAGACGGAGGGGCUCAGCUUCAGCAGAUCCUCAACAUCGAGUGUUUAUCAGACUUUAUAGACGCGCCGGUGCUCGACAUACACUUCAGGUACGGAGGCAGCAUCCAGAACAUCACUGUUCGACUCCCCAUCACACUCAACAAGUUCUUCCAGCCCACGGAAAUGAUGUCUCAGGAUUUCUUUCAGCGAUGGAAGCAGCUCAGUGCGCCUCAGCAGGAGGUGCAGAAGAUCUUCAAGGCCAAGCAUUCCAUGGACACGGAGAUCACCAAGGCCAAGAUAAUCGGGUUUGGAACAGCGCUGCUGGACGGAGUCGACCCGAAUCCUUCUAAUUUUGUUGCCGCUGGAAUUAUACACACAAAGACGAUACAGGUCGGCUGUCUGCUGAGAUUAGAGCCUAACGUACAAGCACAGAUGUACCGUCUGACACUGAGGACCAGUCGAGACACCGUGUCUCAGAGACUGUGUGAGCUGCUCUCAGAACAGUUCUGAUGUCCGCGCUGUCCCCUCCCGCCCUCCUAGCCUGAGGACGGUCCCUGGUGUCCCCUGUGUCCUCCCCAUGAGCUUGUAAACACUCCUGAUGGUCUGAUGUAGCUCGUGUCCCCCCUCCUCGUCUAUAUUAACUCUGUGUACAGUGUAAAUGUCCCUCUUUUAUUUUAUACUCUUAUAUACACAGGUGACCCUCCUCCUCCUCCUCCUCCUCCUCCUGCACAUGUAGCUCAGCUAAUCCUCGUCCGCUUAAAGACGGCCUUUAGACGUACACAAGGCUUUCUUCUCCAUAAACGUCUCUACUGCGCUGUACAUGCAGACAGAACUCUGUGUGUGUGUGUGUGUGUGUGUGUGUGUGUGUGUGUUAUUGGGAAGGGGGGGUUAAAGAAGCUGCACAGAGCUCCAUCCUGCCUGACGUUACAGCAACUCGUGAAACCUGUGGCUGAAUCAAGUGCCUUGGACUAGCACAGCUGGAACUCCUGGGGGGCCCUGGAGACGAACACUCUCAGUAUUCCGUUGAUCUCGUGUAGAAUAAAUCAACACUCAGGGGACGACAGUAUAAUUCUUCUUCUGAAGCCACACACACACACACACAUCAAUAACAAGUGCUUUAAAAGGGAUGAAUUAAAAGUGCUUGACUUUACAAAAACAGUUAAAAACAAAAAAAGGUAAAAGUCAUUGCUCGGCCACUGCCAGCUCUCCAUGUGCCUUCGACUCGUCUGUUCCUCUUGACUGUGUGUCUGUUGUUCACAUCUGAGAGCCUGCUAUACUCCUGACUUUCAGAUGGGUUUUUGCCAAUUAAACUACACCCUGACACUCA